AUGUUCCAGUUCCUGCUUGGAUUUACUUUUGGCAACGUCCUUGGGAUGUAUCUGGCUCAGAAUUAUCAGAUGCCAGAUGUGGCUAAAAAACUUGAAGACAUUAAAAAAGGCUGGGAAAUCAAGAAGUAA